UUUAAAGCCUUUGGUAAUGGAUGUGUGAGGUGCUAUCUCCACAAUCUGAAAUGGCUAGAUUCGAGUGGUCACAAAUUUGGGUCACAGACAUCCUAAUAUUGGCGACCCUUUUCCUAUGCAGCAUCAGUUUUGCAAUAGCAACAGACCCAUUUGUCCAACAAGGGAAGGACAGGAUUGGUAGGGCACUCCCAGGUCAAAACUUCAACAUCAACUUUGAACACUAUUCCGGGUAUAUCACAGUGAACGAGGAUACUGGUAGGAACCUGUUCUAUUGGUUCAUUGAAGCAGAACAUCAAGAUCCUACUUCAAAACCUCUUCUUUUGUGGUUCAAUGGUGGUCCUGGUUGUUCAUCUAUUGCUUUUGGCGAGGCUGAGGAAAUUGGCCCUUUUCAUAUUAACCCAGAUGGCAAUACCCUUUAUCUUAAUCCUUAUUCUUGGAAUCAAGUUGCCAAUAUUCUUUUUGUUGACUCUCCUGUUGGAGUUGGAUUUUCAUAUUCGAAUACUUCAUCUGAGCUUCUCAACAAUGGCGAUAAGAGGACAGCUGAGGACUCUCUCAUAUUUCUAUUGAAGUGGUUUGAGCGUUUCCCCCAGUAUAAAAAAACAGACUUUUUCAUCAGUGGUGAGAGCUAUGCAGGACAUUAUGUUCCCCAACUUAGCCAACUUAUUGUCAACCACAACUCAGCUACAAAACAGAAUCCUAUAAAUUUCAAAGGUUACAUGGUAGGAAAUGCUCUAACAGAUGAUUUCUAUGAUCAAUUGGGGAUUUUCCAGUUUAUGUGGACGAGUGGUAUGAUAUCAGAUCAAACAUUCAAGCUCUUAAACCUGCUAUGUGAUUCUCAGUCUGUCGAACACCCGUCAACUUCGUGUGAAAAAAUCUUGGAAAUUGCUGAUGAUGAACUUGGUAAUUUAGACCCAUACAGUAUCUAUACCCCUCCUUGCCAUGGUAAUGAUAAUCAUAAGGUUAAAAGAAAGCAUAGUAUCGGAAGACUCCGAGCUACAUAUGAUCCGUGCACCGAGAAGCACAGCAUUAAGUACUUCAAUCAACCUGAGGUCCAAAGGAUUCUGCAUGUUGAUCCACAUCAUAAGCCUGAGAAAUGGGAGACCUGCAGUGAUUUGGUAAAUAUUAACUGGAAGGAUUCUCCAAGAACAGUACUUGAUAUAUACCGUGAACUUAUUCCUACCGGGCUGCGAAUAUGGAUGUUCAGUGGUAAUACAGAUUCUGUAAUCCCGGUGACAUCUACUCGCUAUACCAUAGAUGCUCUCAAGCUUCCAACUGUGAGCCCCUGGCGAGCAUGGUAUGAUGAUGGAGAGGUAGGAGGAUGGAUCCAAGAAUAUGCCGGACUCACGUUUGUAACCAUAAGGGGUGCAGGGCACGAAGUUCCUCUUCAUAAACCAAAACUUGCUCUAACAUUGUUCAAAGCCUUCUUAGCAGGAACCUCCAUGCCCACUCUUGAGCCACUCCCCGUCGCCGCCUUUUGAUAUGAUUCAUUCAAGUUUAUGGUUAUAUUUCUGUUUGUGUAUUUUCUUACUGAAUAUUAAUCAGUAGUAUUCUUCCAAGCAAUGCUACGGAGCACAACCUGUUUUUACUGGAAAUGCAUGAAUGCUAAUAAAUCUUGUUUUCAAAGAAACAUGGAGGGUUUUCGUGUUUUAGUCUUUGAUGUUAUGUCAAUUAUAUGUCAAUUAUAUGUA